AUGGACAACGACAAGAUCGCCCCGACUGCAAGCGCACAAGCUCCCGCGCCCGCCUACUCGGAGUUCCCCGAGGCACACACCCCGACCCCAGUUGCGCCCCAAAACACCUACUCGCCGCACCCCGCCAGUCCCCUCGCCCAGAGCACCGUCCCAGAAGCCUUCACGCCGCAGCCCGGCGCCGCAGCUGCCAAUCCCAGCGGAUACACCAUGGCGGUCCCGCUGGCGUCGCUGCAACGAGGCCCGACGCCGGUCGACUGUCCGGUGUGCGGACAGCGGGAGAUGACGAGGACAGAGCCGGAGGCGGGGAAUACCACGCAUGGAUGGGCGGCCGUGCUGUGCUGCUGCUUCUGUCUCGGGUGUCUCCCGUACCUGAUGUCGUCGCUGAAGGACGUGAACCACUUCUGUGGGAAGUGCGGGGCGAUGCUGGCGACGUGGCAUAAUAGUGGACGGGUGGAAGUGCAUACUGCGGCGGCGAGGAAAGCGUCGUAG